AUGGAUCAAGAGUUAAAUUUUACAUAUGUAACUCUGGACUGGUAUGUGGACAUUAACAAGUACAGAUAUAUUUUCUUUUUUAUUAUGUUUGCAUUAUAUAGUCUAAUAAUCUGCACUAAUUCUACUAUUAUGUACAUAAUCUGCAUUCAUAAAAACCUUCAUGAGCCUAUGUACAUUUUCAUUGCAGCUUUAUUACUGAACUCUGUUCUUUACAGUACAACUAUUUACCCAAAACUCCUGAUUGACUUUUUAUCUGAUAAACAAGUCACAACAUAUUCAGCCUGUCUCUUUCAGUUUUUUAUGUUUUACACUCUAGGUGGUUCAGAGUUCUUUGUCUUGGCUGCCAUGGCCUAUGACAGAUAUGUGGCAAUAUGUAAACCUCUGCAAUAUCAUAUUAUCAUGAGAAAAACCACUGUGAGUAUUUUUCUGAUCAUAGCUUGGCUUGUACCUGCUUGUCAUAUUGCAGUCCAAGCAAUAGGGAGUGCUAACAUUAAACUGUGUGACUUUAAUAUAAAGGGAAUAUUUUGUAACAAUGCAGUUUACACUCUUCUGUGUGAAAGAUCAAGAUUAAUUACCAUCUUUGGUGUGGUUGCUUUACUAGAUCUUGCAGUACUUCCUAUGCUCUUCAUAGUUUUCACUUAUACAAAAAUAUUUAUAGUCUCUUAUCAAAGAUGUAAAGAAAUUCAGAAGAAAGCUGCAGAGACUUGUUUACCCCAUCUUUUAGUUUUAAUCAGUGCCUCUGUGUUUUUUGUGUAUGAUGUAAGCAUAGCUCGGGUGGAAACAAAUUUUCCAAAAACUGUACGGAUAGUAAUGACAUUACAAGUAGUUCUGUAUCAUCCUAUUUUUAACCCAUUCAUCUAUGGACUCAAAAUGAAAAAAAUUUCAAAACACCUGAAAAGGUUCUUUUCCAGGCCACAAUCAAUCCUUGCAUUAAAAGUAAAUGCCUAG